AUGCCUGUCACUGCAUUGAGCAUAUUCUUGGCUAGCACUGUUGCCCAACUUUCACUAGAUUGCCUUUUGCAUCCUUUGGAUACCAUUAAAACACGCAUCCAGUCUCGUGAAUAUGUUGGCUCCCCUGGGAGCUCAAGGAUCAGCGUCCUGGGCGAUAAGAAAAUCCUUCGAGGGCUUUACCAAGGCUUAGGCCCUGUGCUCGUCACCUCAUUCCCAUCUGGUAAGCCAGGAGGCAGCGAAUUGCAUAUCGGCGUCUAA